AUGUUAAAAUUAAAGAGUAUUUGUACAACACUUAUAGGGGGGAAAAUAUAUAAUAUCAAUGGAAAGACAAUUAAGGAAGAUAAUUUAAUAUCUGAAGGGGCAUAUUCAUUUGUAUAUUUGGCAAAUGAUUUAAAUACAAACAAAAUAUAUACAAUAAAAAAAACAAUAUGUCAAAAUAAAGAAAAAUUAGAAAUGGCAAAAAAAGAAAUAAAUAUAUUAAAAAGUUUACCGCCUCAUAAAAAUAUAGUACAAUAUUAUGGAUCAACCAUAAUAAAUGAAAACAAUUAUAAGAUAGUUAUUAUGUUAAUGGAAUAUUGUGAAAGAGGUAAUUUAUUAAAUAUAUUUGAAAAGAAUAAAGAUAAAAUAAAGGAAUUUCAUAUUAUCAAAAUAUUAAAAGAUAUAAUAAGUGGUUUGAAUUUUUUACACACACAAGAAAUACCAAUAAUACACAGAGAUAUAAAAUUAGAAAAUAUUUUAUGUGAUAAAAACAAUGUAUAUAAAAUAUGUGAUUUUUGUUCACAUACAGUAUCAAACUCAUUUUUUCCUAAUGAUUUAAAAAAAAAUGAAUUAAAUUUAUUAAAAUAUGAGAUUGAGCGCGAUACAACAAUAUAUUAUAGACCACCCGAAUUGAUAGAUUUAUAUUCAAAUGGAGAAAUUUCUACUAAAGUAGAUAUGUGGAUGGUAGGGUGUGUAUUAUAUUUAUUGUUAUUUGGUUUCCAUCCAUUUCAAGGGACAGUUUCAACAAAAAUUAUCAGAAGAAAUGAUGAAAAUGUAGAUAUAAAUCCAAGUAAUAACAGUUUUUUGUCUAUUUUAAAUGGAAGUUUUGUAAUUCCGCAUGUAACAAAAUAUUCAAAAAGAAUUAUAUCAAUAUUAUUAAUGACAUUGGAUAAAAAUCCACAAAUUCGAAUUUCUUCUUCUACACUUUUGUUAAUAUUGGAAAAUUAUGGAGAUUUGAAAUCUUGGUUUAUGCAUAUACCCUUAGAUAUUAAAAAGCUAGUUAAUAAAAUUUUUGAAAAAAUAAACGAACUUAAUAUUAAUAAUAAAAAUGAUGAACUUAUUGAAGUUUCAAGUGAUAAAACAAUAAAUAUUAAAAUUAAAUCCCACCGAUAUGAACAAAAUUUAAAUACAAAUUAUUAUAAUGGUAUUACACAUACUAGUAAUACUAGUGGUGGUUUUUUGAAAUAUUUUACUCCUGUAAUAUUUAAGAAAAAAACAUCUGAUGUAAUUUUAUUAGAAAAUAAAAAAAAUAACACUAAUAAAAUCGAAUCCCAUACAAAACAACCAGAAGAAAAGGCUAAGGAGAAGAGCCAUAUUCCUACUACAGUUGUUGAUACUUCAAAUUUAGACAAAAAUAAAAAUGAAAAGGAUAAUGUUAAGUUAUUAAGUAUCGAAAGUAUUACAAAAGAUGAUUCUAUAAUGAUAGAUACAAAUAUAAAUGAUAAUCCAAAAGAAAAUCCUAAUUUAGAAAAAGACCAAUCAUUUAUUAGAAAUGUAGAUAAUAUAAAAAAUGUUGAUAAAGAUAUAAAUUUAUUCGAUUUGAAUGAAACAUUAAAUACUAAUCCUAAUGAUAAUAGUAAAAAUGGAGAAAAUACUACUAUUAAUAGCGACGGAGAAGUAAACUAUGAUAAUUUUAAUUUUGCAUUUAAUUAUGAUAAUUUAAUUGAUGAAAAAAAUGUUGAUUUAUUUGAGAUUGAAUGCAAUGCAAACUUAGCACAUUUACAUAAAAAUAAUAUGAACAUGGGUUUUUUUGAUUCUUCUUUUUCAUUGGAUAAAGAAAAUAAUAAUAUUGUUAAUAAACUAAGUCAAAAUUUUAAUAAUGAACAAAUUUUAAAAGAGUCUUUAUUUAACAAUGACUAUUCGUUAAAUAAUGUUUCAGAUUAUUUUGAUAAAAAUAAUUCAAACUAUAAUAAUAAUAAUGGAUUUAAUAAUAUGGGCUAUUUUGAUAAUAAGAAAAAUGACUCACCAAAUUUCUUUCAUUUUGAUAUUUCAAAUAAAAAAACAGAAAUAAAAUAUUCUUACGGCACUAAUGAUUUUGUUUCUGAAAAUCCCCAAAACAAAAACUUUAUAGCAUCAGAUAAAAAUGAUAAAUUUUCUGAACUCCUUGAUGAGUUUCAAAAGAUAUCGAUAAAAUAA